GCAAGGGCACAUUCUGUCCGAGAAAUCGACCGGAAGUUGCAGAGAUGAAAUUCACAGAUUCGCCGGUGAUCGACCUUCCGGUGCUGGAUAAGCAGCUCUCCGUCCAGCAAGACAACGGAACGAUGCACGUGGGAACCAGCGUCUGGCCGUGCUCCCUCGUCCUCGCCAAGUUCGCCGAGCUCUGGCACCCGCCGUCGUGCGCCGCCCCCGACAACCCCUACGCCCAACUCCUCGACUUCAAAGACAAGAGCGGCGUGGAACUCGGGGCCGGAUGCGGAAUCGCCGCUAUGGGUCUGUUCUUAUUGGGCCUGAAAGACAUCGUCGUCACCGACAUCUCCCCCGUCAUGCCGGCCCUAAAGCACAACCUGAAGCGCAACAAGCAAGUUCUCGGAAAAUCGUUGAAGACGGCGGUUUUGUAUUGGAACAAGCCGGAUCAGAUCAGUGCAUUGGGGAAGCGGUUUGACUUCGUCAUCGCCACCGACGUGGUUUACCUGGAGGAAACGGUGGGCCCUCUCAUCUCCGCCAUGGAAUCUCUUCUCAAGGAACACGGCGUCGUUUUGCUUGGCUACCAGCUUCGAUCUCCAGAGGCGCACAGGAUGUUCUGGGACCUCUGCCCUGAGGUUUUCGAUGCCGAGAGAGUUCCACAAGAGCAUUUGCACCCAGAGUACGGUUACGAGGAGACCAGUGUAUACAUACUCCGGAAGAAGAAGAAGAAGAAUGAGACAUCAUAAUCUCCAAUAUCAGGUUCUUUGUUUCAGGCCAGAUUCCUGUUUUCCCUAUGUUUUCUUGUCGAUUAUGUUCAUAUAUGAGCUAUUCCAUAGUUUUUGAAGUUCUAUGGUUGAUUGGGUCUGUGUUUAAGGUCUCAAGCAGAUUAGAGAGUAAGUA